GAAGAAUGUUGCGCGGAUAAUGGAAAUGGACAAUAAUAACCCCAUGUGCUGUGACAGCCCCAGAGAGCAGAGCGCAUUAUUCUUCUUAUUUCUGAAUGGAGGGUCCAACUGAAAACGUGCGGUGUAAGUGCUGGUGGGACUGGACGCGUUUCAGGCUGGGGAUCAUUGGUCAGUGAUGGAGCACAGGGUGAGGUAGCGCAUACCUUGUGUUUGUGUAAAUAGGGUUGUGCUGAACGGCGCCAUCACAGCUUUUAGAUCACAGACGCGUCGUCGUGACGAUCAGCCUUAAUGCCGUAAGCAAGCUUUUUUGCACACAGGGCAUAGCAACCAUUUUUUUCCUCCCCUUGACAGUGGAUGUGCUAUAAAACUGUAAAGGAUCCAGUGUGCACGCUGCUUUCUCUCCGCGCAGGAGACGCGUAAUGCGUGCGCGCUUGCCGAACGCAUCCUCGAAGCCCACCUGUACCUGUACCUGUACCUGUGUAUAGCGGGCAGCAUUCAUGUCUGAUCUGUCGCUGUAUCCGACUAACAUACUGUUAGGAUAGAGGUGGAGGGAGGGAAGGUGCAGGGAGGAGGGAGCGCAUAUCUGCGCCUUAACGCUCUCGUAACUCAAUCCUGUUGAACCGCUGGUAACGAGCAGUUUACACGCCUCCGAGCUGGCAAUAAAAGUGUCCACAGGUUUAAACCUGUGUCUAACAGCUUCUAAGAAAUGGUGGGUUCAGGAAGCUUAGUUCUUAGCUCUUUAGGCAUUUAUGAGAUGUCACUUCAUCACAUCCCAAACUGAAGGAAGUCUCCAGGAAGAGAGCGCAAGGAAGGAUCCGUUACAUAAAGCACGUCGGGAAGCCAGAUUCCUGCAGCCAGUUCAUAGGAAGGAAGAGGAACAACGCUUCCAGAGCAGGAUAGUGCAGAAGGGCGCAGUGAGACAUGAGGAAACUGGAGAGUGAGGAGAACUUGCCCCUCAUCGCUUUCAUUGGACGGCAAGACGAGGACCACACACUGUUUUUGCGGUGGGUUCCAGCUCAGCUGUGAGAAAAAGAACAGGAGUGUAAAAGCCAUAGAGGAGCCCAGUGAGUGCUGUAGCUUCUACUUCUUCUAAUGGACCAGUGGCAGGGGGAGCUAUGCCAGAGCUCAGGCCUUUUCCCCCCACCACGUCUGCUCCAUGCUGAAGCUCCCAGCUGAGUCCUGGAGAGCUGAAGGAGAGUGAGGAAGCCCCAUGCAGGCACGAAAGAAGUAUGUGCUUCUGGGUCUGUGUACAUGCUGCUGGCUGCUGCUCUUCUACUGGGGUGGCCUACAUGAAAGGUUCCUAGGACUGGUGACACACCGGAGGGUCGAAGUGCUGCGCCCAUGGCCUGACUGGCUGGACCGUGUCCUUUUACCAGCGUACGCCAGCCAUGCAGAGCUGCAGAAUGGAGCAGGACCUGGUGAAUCCCCCACGCUGCGACGCCAGGCAUGGAACGGCAUCUAUAAGGACAGCCGGUGUCGAAUGGAGACAUGCUUUGACUUCAGUCGCUGCCGUGGACACGAUGGUUUUCGCGUGUAUGUAUAUCCACCUGAGAAGGGCGAUCAUGUGUCAGAGAGCUACCGCAAAAUCCUGGCCUCGGUGGCCGAGUCCCGGUACUACACAUCAGACCCACGUGAGGCCUGCCUGUUUGUACUGGGCAUUGACACACUGGACCGUGACCAGCUAUCGACACAGUUUGUCCCCAACGUCGACGAGCGAAUCCGUGGCUACCCUCUCUGGAAUGACGGACGCAACCACGUGGUCUUCAAUCUGUACUCAGGCACAUGGCCGAACUACACGGAGGACCUGGGUUUUAACAUAGGCCAGGCCAUCUUGGCUAAGGCUAGCCUGAACACAGAGCACUUCCGGGCUGGCUUUGACGUUUCCAUUCCUUUAUUCUCGAAAGAGCAUCCACAGAAGGGCGGCGAGCGCGGGUGGUUACUGCGGAACACUGUGCCGCCAAAGCGGAAAUAUUUACUCAUGUUUAAAGGGAAACGCUACCUAACGGGUAUUGGCUCUGACACAAGGAACGCACUGCAUCAUAUCCAUAACGGCAAAGACAUCAUAUCCUUAACGACUUGCCGUCAUGGCAAAGACUGGGAAAAGCACAAGGAUGCUCGCUGUGACCAUGACAACCAGGAAUACGAGAGGUUUGACUAUCAGGAGCUGCUCCACAACUCCACCUUCUGCCUGGUUCCUCGUGGGAGACGCUUGGGAUCCUUUCGUUUUCUUGAGUCCUUGCAGGCGGCCUGUAUCCCAGUGUUGCUCAGCAACGGUUGGGAGUUGCCCUUCUCUGAUGUCAUCCAGUGGAACCAGGCAGUUAUCGAGGGAGAUGAGAGGUUGCUGCUUCAGGUGCCUUCUACAGUGAGGGCAGUGGGCAUUGCCCGGGUGCUGGCUCUGAGACAACGUACCCAGAUGCUUUGGGAGGCCUACUUCUCCUCAGUGGACAAGAUAGUUCUCACCACUUUAGAGAUUAUCAAGGACAGAGUAUAUGGCCAUAUCUCAAGGAAUAAGUUCAUGUGGAAUUCUCUGCCAGGGGGACUUCUGGUGCUACCUGAAUACUCAAUCCACCUGGCCCAUUACCCUUUCUACUAUCUGAACCUUGGAGUCAUGCCUGGCCAGGAAUUUACUGCUGUCAUCCAUGCCACAUCCCCACUGGUUUCCCAGUCUCAGCCAAUUAUGAAACUCCUGCAGGUGGUGUCCAAGUCAAAAUACUGCUCACAGAUCAUCAUCUUGUGGAACAGUGAGAAGCCACCCCCUCACCGGAGCAAGUGGCCACCCAUGCCAGUGCCCCUUGUUGUCACAGAUGGCAGAAGGAAAACAAGCAGCCGUUUCCUGCCGCAUGUCGCGAUUGAGACUGAAGCGGUGCUCAGCCUAGAUGAAGAUUCAGUGCUACUGACUAGUGAGGUCAACUUUGCCUUCCACGUUUGGCGGAGUUUCCCUGAGAGAAUUGUUGGAUAUCCGCCCAGAAGUCAUUUCUGGGACCCGGUGAAGAAAAUUUGGGGCUACACCUCCAAAUGGACUAAUGAAUACUCAAUUGUGCUGACUGGAGCAGCUUUCUAUCACAGGUAUUAUCAUUACCUGUUCUCUCAUUAUCUGCCGCCUUCAUUACGGGCAUUAGUGGACCGCAGCUCAAACUGUGAAGACAUCCUGAUGAACUUUCUAGUGUCAUCUGUGACUCACCUGUCACCCAUUAAAGUGGCUCAGAGGAAGCAGUAUAAAGAGAUGCCUAGUCCACAGAGCACCAACAUGGCCCCCUGGGCAAACCCUGAGCACUUUACCCAGAGACAAGAGUGUAUAAACACCUUUGCAAGCUGGUUCGGCUAUAUGCCCCUGGUGCACUCGCAGCUUCGUCUGGACCCUGUUCUUUUCAAGGACCACGUGUCUGUCUUGCGCAAGAAGUACAAGGACCUUGAGCGUGCUUGAGCAACACAGAGAUUGCAAGCAUUGGCUUUCAGAGUCACCUCAGCCUUGCUCAUAAACGAAUAAACUCUGCAGACUGAAAGUGUUAACCUUGAGCCUUGGUGGUGUUAAACCGAGAAAGACCGCUUCCAACCUACUGAAUUCUGACAGGAUCUUGACAGAAAGCUCAGAAGAAGAAAAAAAAAACUUCCAUGCUAUCAGAUUGCACUGGCUGCCGUUUCACUUCUGGUUUGACGUUAGCACCUAGUGAGAGGCUAAUAGUGCAAUGGACUAACACCUUACCGUGUGGUUGUGGAGUCAGUCACAUGGUAACUUGACUCAAUACAUGAAGCUGUAUGUACAUGACCAAUAAAACAUUUCUGAAAUGCAACAUGUUCUGAACAUUAA